AUGGUUGAAAAAGGGUUCACUGCACGUAUAAGCGAUGCCAGUAUUUUCGCCCAUCGACAAACUGCUAAUCUUAAUUUUAUGGCGAUGUCACUCGUGAAACUGUCAUCUGGUCGUUAUUUAAUUGAUCGAUUGCAUCCAUUUCAUCCACCUAGUUCGUUUAAAAGCGAGAGAAAAGAUAGUGGCGUAAUCGCUAUGGAAUUAGAACUCGAUAUAGAAUAA